CAAUUUUCAAACGUGGUUUGUUGGAAGCCAGCGGAGAACGGUAGACGUUGCUUGUGAACUGUGAACUGUGUAGUCGUAGCCUGAGCCGGUAAAAAAUUGUGAGCAGAACUAAAACACAAUUGGCGAGCGAUUCGAUGGAGGACCAAAGCAACGCAGCUCCCGCUGUCGCCGCGGAGAACGGCGCAAACACCGCGCAGGAGGUGUCUUCGACAACUCAGCCCAUAGAGCCCACAAAGCGCUCGCUGCGUGUGCAGACCUGGAAAAAGAUCCAAGAGGGCAAGGUUGGCAUUGGAUUCAACAACAUAUUUAACCGAAUUCCCUCGUUCGUGGGUGCCGAUAAGGCUGCUGCCUUGUUUGCCAAUGAAGAGGAGUUCAAGAAAGCACAGCACAUCAAGGUGAACAUCGAUCGUGUCUUGCAUGAGUUCAAGGAACUGGCGUUGCUGGCCGGCAAGUCCGUAUACUUGCCCAGCACCCGUGAAUCUUCUGCACUGUGCCUAAAGGUAGAUGUGCCGGCCGAUGCCACCGAGGAGCAGAAAAAGGAGGCUCUGCGCGUUCAAGACAUCCAGAAGUUUCGCUCGGAAAUUGGAUUGGACAGCGGUUUGAAGCUGGACAUCGUGGUUAUUGGCUCUGUUGUAGUGUCACGCGAGGGUUACCGCAUUGGACGCGGAAAUGGGUUCGCUGAUCUGGACAUCGGCCUUCUUAUUGAAUUGGGAGCCAUUACACCGAAGACAGUUAUUGUCACAAUCGUGCACGACAUGCAGGUGGUGGACUCACUGCCCUCGAAUCUAUUCCAGAAGUACGAUUCGCCAGUUGAUAUCAUUGCAACACCCACAGAAAUAAUCAGGGUGCCAAAGCGCCUGUCCUUCCCCAAUGGCGUUUACUGGGAGCUGCUGUCCGAGCGCCGUCUAAAAAUAUUGCCCGUGCUGCAGCAGCUUAAGGAAAGGGAGGAGAAGGCGGGAAAAUCGAUAUCCCUCAAGGAGGAAGACACCGAUGUGGAGCAGCAUCAAAACAACAGACGCCGCCGUGGGCCUGUGCGCCGGCGCCUCCAACGAGGCAACCCAGGACGCACUACUUCGCAGACUGACAACGAACAGCCGCAGGGCGAGACUACUCAGAAACGCGCUCCACGCCGCAAAGGUCGUUUCGUCAAUCGCCGCAGACGUACAACUAAGUCUGAGGGCGAUCAGUCUGGUGUUGAAGGAGGUGCUAAAACUGAUGAUCGCAAGUUACCAGCGGCUGGCACUGAUGAGCGUCGUUCAAAGAAGAACAAGAACAGUGAUUUUUGCAUUAAGUUGACAAAUCUGUCUCGUGAUAUUCGCGUCAAGGACUUAAAGUCGGAGCUCCGCAAACGCGAAUGCACUCCGAUGUCAAUUUCUUGGAAGGGACACUUUGGAAAGUGUUUCCUGCACUUUGGGAACCGCAAGGGGGUUCCCAGUACCCAGGACGACAUGGACAAGGUGUUGAAGUCCCUCAACGAUCUCUCGCUCACCAUUACCACUGGCGGCGAGACAGCCCCAGCUGCCGCCGCAGGGGAGGGCGAUGAGAAAGCGGAGUCAGCUGAGACUGCAACGCCUGUGCAGACCAAGACUAUUCUCGUCAACGUAGAACUGAUUCAAUUUGGCGAGAAGAAAAGUGCCAGCUCCACUGGUGCCAAUGCCGGUGCAGGCGAGGACGGAAAAGCAGACGCGAAAAACGGAGGGGAGGCCGUGACUUUGGCAGGAGGCGACGUGGGUGGUGCGCGCAUCGAAGCUGUCGACACCACCACAGUAUAGUAUGACUUUGCGCUAGGCGCAGCCAAUGAACGGUCGCGGCGGACUUCCGCCGGCAGCGCAAUGUUUGGAGUUCAACGAAAAAAAGUAACAUUUUGUUUAAAAAAAUCGGGAAAUACCAAACAAAAAACAAAUAGAAAUCGAACUCCAAACACCGAACAAACACAAAGUACACUCAACAUACACACUCACUAAAUACACGCAGGCAGUUACACUUGUGCAUACACUGAAUACCAUGUUUUGCAGCUUGUAGUUUCUUCUUCUCCGUCAUUAUUCUAACAAACAAGAAGAUCAAACGCAACUUUUUCUAACGAGAACACAAAUCAUUGACGCUUUUUUUAAACAAUUGCAUUUGUUUUUUGCCUAAGAAAAUUAAAACGAUUGCAGAAAUACUCGUUCCACAAAUUCAAAGUGGAACACCAUUUCUUCUAAAUAA